AUGCCUCUCCCUCUCUCUUAUCCCGGCCUUCGAUGCGUUUUGGAGCAUUUGGAAGCAGUGAAGCGAGCACAUAUAAUUGCUCGUUCCCCAGGUUAUCGACGAGUAGAUAAGUUAAUUACACUUUAUCCAGAGAGUCUUAAUAUUGGAAGAGGUUAUCAACUCGCUAUCAACAAAUUAUUAAUUACGUGUGAUAAGGAUGAAGUUAAAUUCUAUAUGAAUAUGAAAACAUUCAGCCGACAGAAAGCGGAAACCCAAGGCGAGAAAAUGGGGAAAUUGAUCAACUUUUAUAUUCGUGGAAGAUCAAAAAUCCGUGUGCACAAGUUGAAUUGGGUUCACAGUUCGCUCCCAGAUUUCUUGCCUGCCGAUCUGAAAUUUAGAGUGAAUUCUUUGGAAGCACGUUUCCGUGAAGAUUUCGAAGCAGCAAUUCCAUUAAUAGACCCUUGUAGUUUUCCUCUUAAAACAGUGGUUACUAUCCCCAACCUCUUAAACUUCGACAUCCAAAUCGUCCAGUUAGCAGAAACUCUUAUUCUGGAUUUUGUUAUUGAUGAAAUAGUCACAGUUGAAGACCUUAAAAAACUUAACAACAGGAAAGUGGUAUUUGAAUGCUUCAACUCCAAAAUUGAUUUGGUUUCAUUGAUUAAGUACCAAGUUAAUACUAGAAAAGUGGUUGAGACCACUUUUGUGAUUUCAACAGGUGCCAAAAGUUUCAUCAAUGAUAUGCUACGUCAGUUCGAACUUGCGUUUGGGGAAUACAGAAGUGAUUUGGAUGGAAUUAAUGAGAGAAUCCAAGUGUACGCAAUCAAGGAUCCAGACGAAGAUUUUCCCUAUAAACUAAUUGUGAAACCAGUGCCAGAAAUCUCUGGAUUAUAA